AUGUCAGCUGCACACCACCACCACCAACAACAACAACAGCAACAACAACAACAACAGCAGCACCAUCAACACCCUUCAUUCCACAAUUCAGCUGCUGCUUCAACCAUCCAUUCGGCACCCAGCCCCAAUCCGAACUCGAUCAGCGAAGACAAACUCAUCGAUGCCUUGGUCAACAAGAUCAUGGCCAAACUAUCCAAUCAGGCCGACCCCCAUCUCUCACCACUCGAGACGGACGAACUCAUCCGACAGUCCUGCAGCUCACUAUUCGAGAUGUGCUGCCAGCGUCUGCCAUGCGUCAUUCAAAAACUACUCCAGGAACUCGACUCCCCCUCCCAUCCCUUCACCUCUGACGAACAGACUGGCCUGGUCGAUCAUCUCCGUACUCAACUGUUUGUCAUCAAGAUCCUGUGCUACUGCAUGUCAUACCACUGGGCCUGGCAUCGAGACCAAGUCGCACUCCAAACCGUCGUCACCUCCUCACCCUCAUCGUCAAUCCCACCCGACCCGCCUGCCGCCCCAAAACCCUCCCUGACGGACUGGGUCGACCCCCCUCAACUGGAUGAUAACCUCGCCAAACAACUCGUAGCCACCAUCAGCUUCUUCCUCAAGGAACAUCAACGUUUCGAAGAUGCAGGUGCCGCCUUGGGCCCCAUAGGCACUCAAGCGCCCCCUUAUUCACACGACCCACAUCGAAAACAACAAACUUUGAUCGUCGGUUUCACCGGUAACUCUCAGUCGAUCUUUGGUAGAGAUGGCGAAGAUAAACCGAUCGUACCCUCACUCAUGAGCGAUAUCCUCACCCAAGUCUCCAAGAUCUGCUUCUUCGUCUCUGCAUCCAACUGGACCAUCGUCCUGGGUAAGAUCAAGAACCGGAUCGCCUAUUGGUCCGGUCCCGAAGAAUUCCCCGAUCGAUCGGAGACACGCCUACUCGAGUUCUGUUCCCUGAACCGUCAUCGAUUGAGCUCGAUCAUCAGAGAACUCUCCGCCCAGUUCGUCCACCUCAAACGCGCCGCCCAAUCUGAUAUCGCACUAGCCCUACGUCGAUCGAUAUGGAACUGGAUCGAAACCUAUCCUAACGAGUAUGCGAGUCUCGUCCAAUCCAACGGUCGACUCGAAGGCGCACCCGAUGUCCUCUUCGACGUGGCUCAUGGACUAUCUGAGAACGGCAAGAAGCGAUCGUACACCUGGCCGAUGAUGUCAAUGUUACUAGCCGUCUGUCCAGAUAUCGUCCUCAAGAUCACCGUCGGUGAUCGAAACCGAUCUCAAGUUACCGCCCGGAAGGCCGCAUUCAUCGAAAGUCUACGGAAACAUUUGAAAGCGGUCAAGAUGACCGAUGUCGCAACCGCCUGCUGUGUGGAUCUAUGUAAAGCUGCAACCUUCUCUCCCAAGACGACCGCCGAAGGUCCUGGACUGAGGUUGCUAGCUCUCGACCUGGUCUCCGACUUGAAUUCACGAUUACUGGAUCCCUCAAAACCAUUCACUAACUCGGAAGGCGUGGUCGAGAUCCCGUUAAUGUCAGAGGCACUUGCAGCUCUAUGCAAACUCGACCGGCACUUCGUCGAUACCACCCUCCUGGAGAAAUGUCUCUCCCGUAACAGUUUCCUACCCUUCCAGAUCGCAUUCAUCCAAGCAUGUCAGAAACUAGCCAGUGAUCCGGAGUUGACGAGCACCAAGUCGGACGGGACAGCCGACGACGACCCCGAUGAUAUGUCAAAUUGGAACGUCAAGCUGAAAGAGUUGUAUCCAGUCAUCGCAUCCUCCUUGCGCCAUGUGUUCAUGUCAGCGGUGAUCGAAUCGAACCAAUUCCAUAUCCUCAUGCGCUCCAACUCGAAGGUGAUGGCGGGUGAAGAUAACUCACAGAAGACCGAGCUCGUCCGGGCGCUUCUAAACCUAUGGACCCAGGACUGCAAGCUAGCCUUCUAUGUCCCACCGGGCCGGACCUUAGCGCCCCAGUCAGGCCGCUCAUGCCACGAGCUCAACUCACGUCUGGCCUCCGGAGCUGAGAUCAACCCUGAUGAUCUCGAGAUGUUUGUCUACCUUACCACCCUGCUCCUCAACAACCGUAACCCUCGUCCUGUCCGUCAAGCCGCGAUAACCGUCUUGCGUGCCUACCAUCAGCCGUCUAACUCCAGAUCCACUGCAACUUCCGACUCAUCCCGCUCGCAGAUCGGCCCCAGUCUCGACCUUCCACUCGGCCUCAAGCAGACUCGCGCUAUCGUCGGUAAUGCGAUCCUCAAGAGUCUGCUGGAUUCUUGGGUUUAUCGUGAGGAAGAGAGAGAGGUACUUCAGCUACUCAAGGCUUAUCUGGAUCGCUUUAAAGAAGCAGUCGAUUGGAGUGAACGAAGCCAUACCCAAACUUUUCCAUUCUCGAGUGAAUCGAAUGCAAAUGAUUGGCACGUCUUCGGACACCUCUUACAACUCGCGAUCCCGCUCGGUCUGUGUACAGUCGACCAAUAUAACCUGGCCUUAUUGCUUCGAUGCUCGAAGGAGAUCAUCAGUAUCUUUGAGAAACAUCCCUUUGUUUUACAGCUGUGUGGCUUAGACUCCGGUCUCACAGCUUCUCAGUUAACGGCCACCUUGCAAGGAUUGCCUGACGAUGGUAAAGGAUUAGGUGGACGAGUCGCCCAAGCCAAAAGGGCUAAAUUGGUGAUGCGAACAAUCUCUUGCAAUUCACCGAUCACCGAUCCAUUGUGGGAUGAGGCUUUGAGACGUUGGAAACUUCUGUCGACACUUGUUGGACAUCGGCCCUUCGAAGACUCGUCUGGUGAUACGGUGCUCUAUGAUUCUCCACCAGCACUGGGUGCAAUAUCUGGAGAAGGUGUCUUGGAAAAUACCAACGCCUGGAUCAGCAUCUCUGGUCUCUUGACAUCUAUCGCCAGUCUUCACGAUCCCAAUAAUUCGAAACCCCGUUCUCCGCCUCUUGAACACUAUAUACCAACGGACCUACUGCAUGAUCGAUUCUAUGCGAUCCCGGAUCGAGCCCGAAAUGUGGAUCGGUAUAUCCAGGAGAUGGUCGAUCUACUCGUAGCCGACGAUCUACGGAUGCGAGAAGGAGUGAAAGAUGCAUUGGGCACAGAACUGAACACAGCAUUAUUUCCGAUCCUCCUGAAACAUCUCAAGUCGAUCGUCGCGCAUUUCUUUGAGAACGAUCGAGCGAAGCCGCAGAGUCCGUUCAGUCACUUCAUCGAACAAGCCAUCUCGAUGCUACGCCUCUUCUUCGAGCGGAUCACCGAGCCCCUCUCCGAGCUUACCUCCGAGCGCGUCUGCUCCCUGCUCAUCGACUUUACGAGAUAUACCAACAGACUCGGUAACCUCGGCUCUGAAUUCCAAGCGAUCGCCACUCGGAUCAAGUAUAAGAUGGCCCAGCUCUGCGAACUCAUCGUCGCUCAUAAGGACCGGAUCCCCUUGAUCACUAACCCAGUAGUCAAGAACCAGAUGAUCGAUUACUUCUUGGCUUGGGCCACCAAUGUCAACAUGGUGUCGUGUAUUUCGGCUGAGGAAGCGAGUCGUCAGAGAGCUAACAGAGACCUCAGUCUUGCCUGUCUCAAGGCGCUCUCGGCGUUCUACGAUGGCCUCAAACUUCAAGCUAGACAUUACUUGCUCCGGCAAGGUCCUAAUCCUAACCUUGUCCAUAUUCGUCUGUUCAGUCGUCAUUACGAUUAUCUCACUUUUAUGUUGACUGAGGUCACUAAAUUAGAAGCGGUUGCGGUUCGGAGUCGGAAAAGUAAAAUGGCCGCUGGCGGUAGCUUGGCGGGAAAUGGACCUACGCCGGAGCUGGCGGCGGCAUUACAACGGGAGCUGAGCUCGAUCACGCGGGAGAUUGUGGAGCUGUCGGGCUUCCGUGAGCAGACGAUGAACUGUCUCGUCAAGCUCAUGGCCGCCAACAUGAACCCCGCCUUCCGCUACUUCGUCAACAUGUUCCAUCAUCCCGACACGCGCAUCAAACAGGCUAACAUCCAGAUCCUUUGGGAAGUCAUCAAGGAAGGCGGUCAUCUCUUGCCUGAACUCGUCAAACCCGUUCGCACUUCUGGAUUGGACAAAAUCGUCGAUAUGAUUACUAGGCCUGACCUCACCCUUGCUCUGGCCAUCUCCAAAAUCUGUGGAUCCGCUGAUUUCGAGGAAAUGACUGAAGUGAUCCUCAAUAUAUUCGAUUAUCGGAAAGGGGUCAUCAAGUUUUUGAAGGCAUCAAUUGAACGGGAAGUAGCCAUCACGGAUCAUGAAUCGACCGUCUUCCGAGGGAACUCAUUCACCACCCGCCUCCUCACCAUCUUCGCCCGUGCCCAGGGAUACGACUAUCUCCGUAACACGCUCUCCAAUCUGCUCGUCGGCUUGUCUAAUAAACCCUCCGAGUUCUCCGUCGACUUCGAUCCCCAUAGGGCUAGCGCCGAUGACGACGAAGCUUCGAGGAACCUCGAACAGGUCACUGAGGCCUUCCUUAAUGUGAUUGCUGUUUCGUGGAAGAAAUUGCCUAGUGCGAUUCGGGAGAUCUGUCAUCACAUUGCGACGACUGUCCAAGAGAAAUACCCCGAAAGUGUGUUCACAUCGAUUGGCGGCUUCAUCUUUCUACGGUUCAUCAACCCGGCCAUCGUCUCCCCGGAGGUCAUCGACCUGGAUCUACCCAAUGACACCCGAGAGAUUCGGCGGAGUCUGGUGAUGAUCACCAAGGUGCUCCAGGCUCUCUCGAAUAACAUCCGGUUUAGCGCCCGGGAACCGGCGUUGAAACCGUUGAAUCCGUUCAUGGCUAAGAACGUCUAUCCGAUGACCAGGUUCUUGAAGGAUAUCUCGUCGAUAGAUGAGCACGGGAUGAUGGAAGAAGGAACGGAGCUGAAUGACGAGCUAGCGCCUGUGCCAUUAGAUGCGGCGGACCGCUAUGUACUGCAUCGAUUCCUGUACGAGAACAUGGACAAGCUGGGUGCGGAGCUGAAGAGUGGGCGAGCGAACGAGUUCAAGCAUUGGCACGACGGCACCGAGCGGCUCACGCCCACCCUGGGCCAGGAGAUCUGGGCCGAGGUCCACCAAACUCUCCUCGAGAUCGGCCCGCCUGGCGCGGCUGAUCCCGACCUCCCUAUGGCUCAGUUCGAUGGCCCAGAGUAUCAUGCCUUCCUCGCUAAAUUCGAACUCUCUAAGGCCCCCGAUCCGCGCAUCUGGCAGUCUCUCUUCUUCGAGGCCCCCAGAUCUAGAUUACAAACUAUGCCGAUCUUUAUCUUCUUGACUAGUCGACUUAAAGCUGAAAUGUGUGACUUGGAGUCAUUCUAUCUCUACGUGUUACAAGCAGUCGAAGCGAUCGACGGUCCGUUCUCCUUAUUCCUGGAUUGCACCGGAUUCACGUUCAGUAACGAGAUCUCAUUGCCGUGGUUCCGGCAACUGGUUGACUGUUCUCCGAGCAUCCCGUCGCUCCAUCUCGCCCAGAUUUGGGUCUACAAUGCCAACGCCAUCUUCCGUCGAUACAUCCGCAAACUCGGGGCUACCGAGAAGCAAGAGCGCCGUUGGACUAACCUUGUCAGAGCUGUUAGCUCGUUGGACGAGCUCUCGAUCUGUCUGCCUAACUACGAACAAGUCCUUCCUGCAAGCUCUUGGAAUAUGUUCCAUGAUAAAAGAGUCGUCAUCAGUCAUGUCACUCAUCUUCAACAGUAUCAAAUGCAGAUACCUGUUGUCCUUCAUAUCGGCUCCAAGACGUUACUGAUUCGAUCGUCGAAAAGGCUCGAAUUGUUGUCGGAUGCCAAAUGCACCUUGAACGAUGUGAUCAGACUUAAGGAUAUCGAGGAGAUGCAGCGCUUGCCUCCCUCUAACGUCCACAUGGAUCCCGGCUUUAUUAUCAAACAAUACGGAUCUAAUGUCACCAUGAAAUUUGUUAGUGUCAACACUGAUCGGAUUAUCGAGACGUUGGCGAAUACUCAAGCCGAUCUACUAUCGACUCCUCAAAACUUUGACUUCCGACCCCGAAGCCUCACCCCCGGUACUAUCUAUGGUUCUCUCUUGAACGGGGCUAUCUUCAACUUGUGUAGCUCAGAUUCUUUGAUCAGGAUGGCUGCUCUUAGCUUUCUUCAAGGGCUGACUCGGGCGUUACGGAUCGAUAAGAUUGAGGAUGUCAUUCCAUUCCAAGGAGGCUAUAUCCCGCGUCUAGGCUUAGCCUUCAUCUCAGACAUCAGUGACCGUCUGGCCAGGUCCGUCCCAUCGGCCACCUUCUCCUUCCUCGACGAGUUCUUCAUCACUCUGCCGACCGCCUCGGCCUCCGAGGUGGCCGUCUACGCUCAUGCGGUCAAGUCUUGGCUGCAGAACUUGAGCAACUGUCUCGUCUGUCCUCGUGAAGAAUACGAACAUGCCCGCAAUCGGGCUAAGAAUAUCUUGCGUCGAUUGAUCGAACUCACUCUGUGUCAACAAGACCUACAAGGACUCUUGCAUGGACGGAUAUGGCCUUCAUUGGCUCGACAGGAAUCGCUCCUUCCUUUGAUCAUCGAGGAACUGGCUAUGUCGGCAAUCACUCAUGGAUCUAAUUCUGCCCGAUUCACUGAGGUUUGUGAGAUUGCGGUUUCAGGUAACUGCAUCAAUUUACAGGGGAAACUCUUGCAUCGAUUGCGGAGGGCGAUUGGACGGACGACUGCUCAACCGGUAGCUAUGAUAGCUGAUAGUCCGGAAUGGCCCGAGAUCACUGCCUUGGUGAGGAUGGAAAUGAGUAUUUCGUUUUCAGCGCAUAUCCAAGCGCAACUCUACCUGCCGGAUAUCUUGCACAUCGUGACGAUGCUAGUGGGCACCGGACUGGCCAGCCAACGGUCGGCGAUCUACUCCAUCGUCAUCAACACGCUCACCUGUCUCUGUUCUCUGCAAGGCCCGAACCAUGAAAGCUCGGCGCUCUAUGCAGUCAUCAAACGGCUCGGCCAGCCCGCCGUCCAGGCCUUGUUCGGCUUAUAUCCUAACGAUCUCGCCCUUCGUUAUACCGAAGACGAUUUCAGCUUUCGGGAACCUAUCUCCUCUAUCGCCCUCGAGUCAAUCGUGCAGCUUUUGAUCGAGGCUGUCAAGGUUGCUUCUCCCGCUAUAGAUACCAUUAACCGUUGGAGGUCGAGAUGGGCUAGCUUGGUGACAUCGACGUGUUUCCAAGCUAAUCCAGCCUUACAACCGCGAGCAUUCGUAGUACUGGGAUAUCUGUUAACGGAGGAGGUGGAUGAUGACCUACUAUUCCAAGUUCUCUCAGCGCUCAAGCCAGCGCUUGGUCUACCAUCAGGAAUUGACCGAGCACUGGCGACAUCGAUCAUCUCCUGUGGAGCCAAGGUGUUAUCAGGAGUUGCGCCGAAUUCGCCAUACCGUUCGGCAUCCUUUUGGACUGGACUGACGUUACUACAACUAGAAGAUCCGGCGAUCUAUGCUGCUGCAUUGAAGCUGACUCGCUCGGCGGUCCAUGACUUUUGUCAGUCGGAGAUCCUGGGCAACCAACGACUGUCGCAAUUCUUGCUGGACUCGAGGGACGAUGGGACGAUCGAGGUGAUGGGACAGAUCGAGGAAGUCUGUGGAUUGCGGUUCGAUAAUGGGGAGGCAGGGUAUGCUCCGGAUGGGGCGAUUUACUUUGGCUUUGCACUGGCAAGCUCGAUGAUCAAAGGUUUACGACAUGCACAGAUCGCGCAAGAUGCGGAAGAGUUCUUAGAGUUACUAUUGAUCCAAGCGACCAACCGAAUGAACGACGGGAGCCAUCAUCAACAUCAUCAUCAUCAUGGGGGCAGUCGAAUGAGUCCCGAAGCCUUACCGUACUUUGUCGUCCUCCUGCCUAUUGCCGUCCGGACUGGAAAACUUCUUCAACUGUUCGAACUCGCCCAGGUCGACCGAAACUCGCUCGAUGCCGCCGAACUCGCACUCUCCUAUGGCUUCAUCAUCAAUCAACUUCGCAUGUCCGACCAUGAAACCGCGCUCCUCGUCGUCGCUAUCUUCACUAGUAUGAUCUCCUCCGCUGACGACGAAACUGAAUUGGUCUUCCUCUAUAAUAUCUUGGCUGAGUUGGUCCAUCGUGACGUCGUCCCUCAUAUCAUGGUCCUUGUUCAAACUGAACUGGCGCCUAGGAUUCAGGAAAUCAUGCGGACUUCAGAAAAUACGCAACUGUUGAACGCAUGUCAAACGGUGAUGUUUCCACAUCAUCCACGAGUAAAAGGCUCGCAAUUCCUAGCCCGAUUGACGGAUGGCAUCGAGUCGCAAGACUUCAUCUCGAUCUUGAAUCAACUAGGCUUCUCUGGGCUGUUGUUGCACAAACACUUUGUCGAUGAAGCCGGCGAUGAACCCCACCAUGCUCAUCAUCAACACCAACACGAGUCUUCGGCCUCGAGCGGCCUCAACCAUAAUCCGCUCGGAUUGGGCAUCAAUCAUCCCGCGCUCGCCGCCGACCUUAAUCAUCUCGCUCAGCUCGCCCCUUCCCCCGCACUUAGUCGCGAAUUCGACACUAAAAUCGCGAGGCUUUGUGUCUGCUUGAUUAUCGAAGCUUUGGCCGUUUGA